AUGCCGCUGGAGCCAAAGCGUAGGCAAGGAAAGCCCUUUGGCAUCCAGCGUCCCCUGUUGGCAGACUCAGGAAGGAAGACAAAGACCCCUGUCCUCCCGCCCCCGCCCGCGCUCCCGCCUCGCCUGUGCUGCAGCGCACACGCCCAAGUCCUCCUCCAGCGUGCGCCCAGGGAGCCCAUGGAGCUGGCGCGCGGCGCGUCCAAGGGGGAUGGUGGGGCCGAAGCGCUGCUGGGUGAGCUGGAGGGGCUGGUGCAGGACGUGGUGAGGGCAAGUUCCUGGUGGGAGCUCCACGGCGUGGACUGUGCCAUCCUCGCACUCAGCCUCCUCGCCUUGCCAGCCGGGUUCCUGUGCCUGUCCUCUGAGAAUGUCCUGGUCUUUGCCAUUGGCAUCACCAUCUUGGGCGUGUGCCACUCCACGCUCACUGUCAAGGGCAGCCACCUGGCCACUCAUGGUGCCCUCACCAAGUCCAAACGCUGGAGCAAGAUCUGGUUGCUCUUCUUUGUAGAGGUGUGCACGGCCUUCACUGCGGAGUUCGGGAAGUUCAGCCACGUCAACAUGCACCAUGGCUACACCAACGUGGUGGGUCUGGGGGACUCCAGCACGUGGAAGCUGCCUUGCCUCAACCGCUACGUCUACAUGUUCCUCGCGCCCUUCCUCAUCCCCAUCAUCACCCCGCUGGUGGCUCUUGAGCGGCUGCGGAAGGUGGAGCUGCUGAUAGCUCUGCGGACGCUGGGCCUGAUUUCCCUGGGCCUUUACUGUCAGUACUGGCUGCUCCUGAACGUGUCCGGCUUCAGGAGCCCCAGCUCGGCCCUGGUCUGCAUGCUGCUCAUCAGGGCCUUGCUGGCCCAUCCCUUCCUCCACGUCAACAUCUUCCAGCACAUAGGGCUGCCCAUGUUCUCCCGGGACAAGAAGCCCCAACGGAUCCACAUGAUGACCCUGGGGGUUCUCAACCUGCCCCGGCUGCUGGUGUUGGACUGGGCUUUUGGCCACUCGCUCAUCAGUUGCCACGUAGAACACCACCUGUUCCCCAAGCUCUCUGACAAUAUGUGUCUGAAGGUAAAGCCUGUGGUGUCCCGGUUCCUCCACGAGAAGCAGCUGCCAUACCAGGAGGACUCGUACUUGGCCCGAUUCCGGCUGUUCCUCAACCGCUACGAGGAGCUCAUGGUGCAGGCCCCGCUGAUCACUGAGGUGGUGGGGCUGCAGUGAGGGCUGGGCUCCCCUCCCCGGCCCAGCCCUGGUGCUCCUGCUGCUGCUGGUUCUCAGUUGGUGUGCAGUGGUGGGUGGUGGGCGUGGAGCAUGGAGGGAACAUAAGGAAACUUGGGUGGGCAGUGAGACAGGGCAGCUGAUGGGUGCCCUGUGUCCUGGGGGUUGCUUGCCCUGUUUGCUUUUUGGGGAUUGGAGGGGUCUCUGGGUGAAAGGAAUCUUGGUAACUGGGCAUCCUGGGCCUGGCUCCAUCUCAGGAUCUUCCCCUGCUCCAUUUGAGCCUGGCAGGGCAGCAAUGCCAAGGGUGAGGUGAAAUCCUGUGCCCAAGGCCAACUGGGAGAGGGAAGGGGCAGAGAGCAAAGGUCAACCCCUUAGCUGGGGCCUCCUUGACACCGAGAGAGUGGCACACUUGCUUGACUGCUGCUUCUUCCUCUGCUUUUCAAGGCUCUGACCCAGGGCCCCCUCCCCAGGGAACAUGGGGCAGGGUCACUUUUGGCAGACUCCCUAGUUUCUCAGCCAGAGAAGCCUGUUCAAGUCACAGUUCCCAAGGCCCACAGUGUCACUGAGAUGAAAGUGAGUAUAUUUUGUAGGGAAAGCUCUCAGGAUAACAGAGGGGAGAAAGUCCCUCAGGGACACAGCUGGGGAAAGAGUAUAAAUAGAUUUGAUCGUGACCUUGGCUAGUUCCAUGAUGUUUAGAAGCACGGGCCUGGGAGAGAGAAUUACUGGGAGGUAGCUGAGUCUGGAGGGGGUUAUGGGAACCAGUUUGAAGGACAGGUGGCCUUAGAGGAGACAGAAGGAAGAGAGUGGGGUGAGACAGAGGAGCUUGAGGUCAAGAGCUGGGCUUGCAGUGAAAGGCAGCCUAGGGGUGAGGUGGGAACAUAAGGAAACUGCUGGUGCCAGACCUGGGAAGAGGCCGAAUGUGGGGACCCAAUGAGAUUCAGCCCGAAGUAGGCAGAAUUGAGGGAGGCUGGGAGCUGCCCCAGUUGGGGGCUGGACUGAGAAGGUCUAAGAAAGUGCCCAAACGGAAGCUGAGGGAGAGCUAGAGGAGGCCAGAUGUGCGAUAUGAGACCACAGCAGUUCAUUUAUGUAGAAUUUCCCACUACUGACAUUUUACCUGGAUAAUUCUUCUUGGCUGUCCUAUGAAUUGUAGAAUAUUUAGUGGUGCCCUUGGCUUCUAUCUACGAGAUGCUGGGAUUCCAAUCAUGACAAUCAAAAAUGUUUCCAAGCUGGGCACAGUGGCACAUGCCUGUAAUCCCAGUGACUUGGGAGACUGAGGCAAGACUGCAGGUUCAAAGCCAGCCUCAGCAACUUGGUGAGGCCCUGAUCAACUUAGAUGCUAUCUCUAAAUAAAAAAUUAAAAAGGGCUGGGGAUGUGACUCAGUGGUUAAGUGCCCUGGGUUCAAUCCCUGGUACGUACACACACAUACACAUUUCCAAAUGUGGUCAAAUGUCCCUGGCCUAUCGGAGCGCACAUCUAUAGUCUCUGGUGUGGACUCUGGCACCUCUGCCUUGUAGCUGCUUGGUAUCCCUCUAACUCCUGCAGGCCUUCUCCUCUAGCUGUGGCUCUUGGUGCCCCCAUAGCUCCUUCGGGCACCCUCUCCUCCAGCUAUGGCUCUCAUGAGUUCCCAAGCUACUCCUUCCUGGGACUCUUUGGGGGCCUGGCCCAGCAGUCUUGGCUGAUGCUCACCCCAGGGUGCUUCUCUGGUCCCUUAACCUUGCUCACACCUCUUUAUUUCUUCAUUAAACUCUCUUCAAUCACUCCUUUUGAACGGGCCAUCUGUUCCCUGCUGGGAGGCUCAUUGACAGAGCAGAGUUUUGGAUCCAAACAGCCCUCCUGGAACGAGGCAGGCUUGGCAGCUGCCCCAGCCUACUGCUUUGCUAUAUGAUGUUGCUUCUCUUUUGAAAUGCAUUAGCCACACAGAAAUGGUCUUAAGGUCUAGGACUGUGAUUCAUCAAACAGCCAAUUCUCCAUAUGAAAAAUGCACUGUCAGGAAAAAGGCCCCACUCUCAAACUCCAGGCUAAUGAUUAAAACCGUCCAAAUACAUAACCAAUGACUCAGUGUUAUUGAUCUGGGCCUGAAUGGGGUAUGGGCAGCAAGCAGCUGGAUGUAUCAUGGGCACCUUAGAAAUAAGUCAUUUGAUUUCUUUGAAGCUUGAUUUUCUGUUACUCUGAGGAUGUGAGCUGGGAAUGAUUGUUACUUGAGAAGUGCAGAGAGGUGACAGGAGUGAAAUGAAGUGCUUCUAGGGUUUUGCAAAUACCUAUGGUCUAGUUUACAGAGGUAUGUGGGAAGCGACAAUAUUGAUGAUAAUAACAUUUAUUUUACAUGUAGCAGAUGUUUUUAACUGAUGUCAUCUAAUUUUAAUCUUCAAAAAUUGGUACAAUUUCUUCCUCAUAUUACAGAUGGUGGGGAAAAAAAGACAGGGAGAGUAAACUUCUUGAUGUUAUAAAGCUAAUGAGUGACAAAAGAAAGAUGUGAACUCUGUGUUCAUGCUCUCAACCGCUAGACAUACUGCCUCUGACGGGCAGGGAACCUUAUAGAGCUUUCUGGGUGACUGAUUCUGCGUUUCCACCUUGUUCUCCUGUGUGAAUGGAUAAUCAAUGGUUUUAUCAGUAAGACAAAUCUUUAUGAAUGUGCAUUGGGUGGUAGGCCCUGUUUGAAACUCCAGGGAUAGGAGUGAAUGAGAUUAGGCUGCCCACCCUCAUGGAACUUAUAGUCUAGUGAAGAGAUUAUCAAAUUCUUUCCAUAAAGGGCUAGAUAAUAAAUAUUUGGGGGUUUGUGGACUAUGUGAUCCCUGUCACAGCUACUCAAAUGUUCCAUUAAAACACAAAAACAGCUAGAGACAAUAUGUAAAGAUAUGAAAAUGGCUUUACUCUAAUAAACUUUAUUUAUAAACACUGAAA